AUGUCCCCUUCGCCUCCUCCCCCUCGCGGGGGCCUCUUCUCCACCCCGCAACGCUCCAACGGCUCCCCCUCCCCGGCGGCGUGGUGGUCCCCCUCGAGGGAGGAGAAGGCGAGGGAUGGUUCCCCGGUCGACGGAGUCGUGCAUCAGCAGCAGUCCCCGGGGACGGCCUCCGCACAGCAGCCGCAGCAGCAGCAGCAGCAGGUGGCGCUGAUCACGCUGCCGCCGCCCAGGGAGGUCGCGCGCCCGGAGAUGCCGAGGGAUUCGGUGCUCUCCACUGGCCGGGUCGACGAGGAGGAAUGGGUCACCGUUUUUGGAAGACGAUAA